AUGCCCCAUUCCUCCGUAUUGCCUGCACCUUCCCCUUUCCUCGUCCUUCCAUUCAUUCCCCCCUUCCGCCUUCCCCCCAUCCCCCCUUCCCCCCAUCUGCCCUUCCCCCAUUCCCCCGUUCCGCCCUUCCCCCCUUCCCCCAUUCUGCCCUUCCCCUCUUCCCCCUUCCCCCAUUCUGCCUUCCCCCCUUCCCCCCUUGCGCUCUUCUGUCUGUGCGUGCAUGUGCAUGCAUGUGUGCACGUGCUUCCAGUGGGCACAUUUAAGGCCAAAGGUGGGGAGGUGAAGGAGGCAGUCAAAGCAGCACUGGCAGCGGGAUACAGGCACAUAGACACUGCAUCAGUGUACAAGAACGAAGCGGAAGUCGGGGAGGCCAUUAGAGAGUACGGCAUUGCAAGGGAGGAGGUUUUUAUCACCUCCAAAGCUUCGCCUUACGAGCAUGGUUUCCAGCAGGCUCUAGCGGCAUGUGCGGCGUCCUUGGAGCGCCUGCAAACAGACUACCUGGACCUCUACCUGCUGCACUGGCCCGGAGUGGCAAAGCUAGAUAGGGCGUCUGAGAAGAAUGCAGAGAUUCGCCUGGAGUCUUGGCGCGCUCUGGAGCAACUUCAGAGGGAAGGUGAGUCUCUGUUGUUAUCAGGUGGGUCUCUGUUGCUACCAGGUGAGUUUCUGUUGCUGCCAGGUGGGUCUCUGUUGCUACCAGCUCAUUCUCUGGCUGUCCGGGCGCUGGUUGGGCAGGACUCCCUGGCUGUUACUCCUGACGGCAGGCUGCCAGAUGCUCAUAAAGUCAUCUUUUCCAAUGCCGCCCUUCCGUUUCAGGAUCUGCUCAUCUACGAGAUAUAUUCUGCCGCAUGGGGUUCAGCGAUCAAGACAUUGUGGCAUUGA